UUUGCUGCAGUCUUUCUACACAGGCUGAGUGAGAAAAAGAGAUGCUUAAAUAAAGAUUGAUUGGUUUGAAUCCCGAAGGGGUCUCCCCUUGUGAAUGACCUGAGGGGGGAAAAAAAAAUAAUUCAUGACGACUUCACUGGGCCUCCUCUCAUUCUUCCAUUUUUCUUUCCACCUGUCCUCUUCGUGGAAUGGAGCAACAUUGCUUAGAGCACAAAAUAUAUUGUGCGUCUAGUAACGACUGUGCUGUGAUAGGGAUUCUUAAACAGUUUUAUGCGUGAGGCUUGAAAUAUUAACAGAUGAUGGUGUGUUCGUUUGGAUUACUGCGGAACUGCAGCUCCAUCCCUGCAAGGAUUUUAUCCUCAGCACUGCACUGAUUAAGCUAUUUUUCUACAAAGAUGGCAUUGUGCAGGGUAGAAGGGAGCAGGACCCAUAUGUCAGUGGUCUAGGAUGGCCAGUGAAGGCUCCAACAUCCCAAGUCCUGUGGUCCGUCAGAUUGACAAGCAGUUUCUGAUUUGCAGCAUAUGCCUGGACCGUUACAAGAAUCCCAAAGUACUUCCCUGCCUGCACACGUUUUGUGAGAGGUGCUUACAGAAUUACAUUCCAGCCCAUAGCUUAACCCUUUCUUGCCCCGUGUGCCGCCAGACCUCUAUUCUGCCAGAGAAAGGGGUUUCUGCACUCCAGAACAACUUCUUCAUCACCAACCUGAUGGAUGUCCUGCAACGAACGCCGGACAACAGCAUUGAAGAGUCGUCCAUCUUGGAGACUGUCACUGCUGUUGCUGCGGGCAAACCACUCUCCUGCCCCAAUCAUGAUGGAAGUGUGAUGGAGUUUUAUUGCCAGUCCUGCGAGACCGCGAUGUGCCGGGAGUGUACAGAGGGAGAACAUGCAGAGCAUCCCACAGUACCACUCAAGGAUGUGGUGGAGCAACACAAGGCUUCCCUCCAAGUCCAGUUAGAUGCUGUCAACAAAAGGCUUCCAGAGAUCGACUCAGCACUUCAUUUUAUAUCUGAAAUCAUACACCAGUUAACCAACCAAAAGGCUAGCAUUGUAGAUGACAUUCAUUCCACUUUUGAUGAACUCCAGAAGACUUUAAAUGUGCGAAAGAGCGUGCUGCUUAUGGAACUGGAAGUGAAUUAUGGCCUUAAACACAAAGUCCUCCAGACACAGCUGGAUACCUUACUUGAAGGACAAGAAAGCAUUAAAAGUUGCAGCAACUUUACAGCCCAAGCCCUCAACCACGGCACUGAGACAGAAGUUCUGCUGGUGAAGAAGCAAAUGAGCGACAAGCUGAACGAACUGGCCGAGCGGGACUUCCCAUUGCAGCCACGUGAGAAUGAUCAGUUGGACUUCAUCGUGGAAACAGAAGGCCUGAAGAAGUCCAUCCACAAUCUGGGAACUAUUUUAACCACCAAUGCUGUUGCCUCUGAAACAGUUGCCACAGGUGAGGGACUGAGGCAGACAGUGAUCGGACAGCCCAUGUCUGUUACCAUCACAACUAAGGACAAAGAUGGGGAGCUCUGUAAAUCUGGGAAUGCUUACCUCACUGCUGAACUGAGCACACCUGACGGGAGUGUGGCGGAUGGAGAAAUACUUGACAACAAAAAUGGCACUUACGAAUUUUUGUAUACUGUUCAGAAAGAAGGAGACUUCACUUUGUCACUGAGACUUUAUGAUCAACAUAUCAAGGGCAGCCCAUUCAAACUUAAAGUGGUCAGAUCAGCAGAUGUGUCCCCUACAACUGAAGGUGUUAAGAGGCGUGUUAAAUCUCCUGGCAGUGGUCACGUGAAACAGAAAGCUGUGAAAAGACCUGCAAGCAUGUACAGCACUGGCAAAAGAAAAGAGAAUCCCAUUGAAGAUGAUUUGAUCUUCAGAGUAGGCACCAAAGGAAGAAACAAAGGGGAAUUUACAAAUCUUCAAGGUGUAGCAGCAUCUACAAAUGGAAAAAUAUUAAUAGCAGACAGUAACAACCAGUGUGUGCAGAUAUUUUCCAAUGAUGGUCAGUUCAAAAGCCGUUUUGGCAUACGAGGAAGGUCUCCUGGCCAGUUGCAGCGGCCAACAGGAGUGGCUGUGCAUCCCAGUGGUGACAUCAUUAUUGCAGAUUAUGAUAACAAAUGGGUUAGCAUAUUCUCAUCAGAUGGAAAAUUUAAGGCCAAGAUUGGAUCUGGAAAGCUCAUGGGCCCUAAAGGUGUUUCUGUGGAUCGCAAUGGACACAUCAUUGUAGUGGACAAUAAAGCAUGCUGUGUCUUCAUCUUCCAGCCAAAUGGGAAAAUAGUCACCAGGUUCGGUAGUCGAGGAAAUGGUGACAAGCAGUUUGCAGGUACACUUGAUGGUCCUCAUUUUGCAGCUGUAAACAGCAACAAUGAAAUUAUUAUUACAGAUUUUCAUAACCAUUCUGUCAAGGUAUUUAACCAGGAGGGAGAAUUCUUACUGAAGUUUGGAUCAAAUGGAGAAGGAAACGGACAAUUUAAUGCACCUACUGGAGUAGCUGUAGAUUCUAAUGGAAAUAUUAUCGUAGCAGAUUGGGGAAACAGCCGAAUACAGGUUUUUGAUGGAAGUGGAUCAUUUCUAUCCUACAUUAACACCUCUGCUGACCCACUUUAUGGUCCCCAAGGCCUGGCCCUUACUUCAGAUGGCCACGUUGUAGUUGCAGACUCUGGAAAUCACUGCUUCAAGGUCUAUCGAUACUUACAGUAGCAAUGAGCUCUGGAGCUGGAUUAAUCACAUACCCUUAAGAAAAGACUGGUCCUAGAGAUCCAAUGCAGGAUGUCUCCUACUUUGAAUUAAUUUUUAAUAAUGAAGGAGUCUCUUCUGGACUUCUUGUGUUAAUUUCCAAACUUACCUUGUUUACAUAAAACUUGCACCUCCUACGUUUCUCACUGAACUUUUUGUUGUAAGGGUUAAUACACAGAAUCAUCUUUAACUGAAUUCAUGAGGACAAUGUGAUACUAAGUGCAAACUGCAACUUAUGGAACUGGAAUUAACUAAUUAGGCAAAAAUGUGAAAAAUUUGGGAAAAGCUUUUUGAAGACUGCGAAGAGCAGCUCCUGCUCAGAGCUUCCAAAUUAGAAGAAAUAUCAUUGUUAUGCAUUAUUUAACCCAGAGGUGAUCCUGGGAAUCUUCUAGAUCUCAUUAUCAUGGUAGGUAUUACACUUUUAACAUUCUUCAGUCUUACUAUCUAUAACAAGUAGGCCCUUUUAGUAUAAGGUUAAGUCUCACAAAACCCGCCUAGCUCUAACUGUUAGACCUAACACAGCUCAAUGUUUAGCACUCCGAGAAUCAAUGCAAAUUCCCUACUCAUGUGGGAUUAAUGAAGGAUUGUUUCAUGUGCUUGUUUUUUACUCUUCCUCUUGCUCAAUGUGGUGGAAGGAAUUUGCAGAGACCUGACAUUCUAAAGCUCUGAAAACACUUAAUUGUAGUGAUACAUUAGUGAAAGCUGAAUUUCUGUAUAACAACAGACCUUCUGACACCAAACUAGUUCAUUAGGAUCAGGGUUAUUACAAUGUCAACUCAAUUAACCUCAUGUAUGCCACUCUUUCCUAUGUGUUCAUUGCCAUGUCUCCUUAAGGCAACUCAUUAUAUUAAUCAAUAAAAUAAAAUGCAGCAUCACACAGGACAGAAAGCCAGAGAGGUACCCCUAUGGAGGACCUACAUUAUACAACCAAAGGAACUAUGGUGAACAGAGGUUGUAUAGGAAAGCCAAGGGUUACCAAAGCUGUUUGUUUUUACAUGAGAAAAAAAUGCAUUACAAAUACAAAUGAAUUUGAACCAAUUCCUGAAGUCCUUCAUCAAAGGGAAUUUUGUUAGAGAACAAAAUAAGGACUGUGAGAUUUGUUCCAAUUUGCUUGUAUGUAUGUGUGACUGAUUGACACAAAAAUAAAAAUAAAAAAGUAAAUGUAGGUUAUUUCAGCAAACUGGAACAUUUGUAUGCCAUGUGAAAAUGGCAGUACUAUGAAAACUGUCCCUCCUUCUUCCUGCCGGAUCUCUUUACUGUGUUUUUUGUUGAAGUAUUAAUUUAAUUGGAAAUGCUUACAAUCAUACAACUUGGUUCUGUUUGUAAUUUUUGGUUUUGUUGUUUUGUUUUUUUUUUAAAUGUUAACUUCUCCUUUUUAAAGUAGCAUUGGCUUUGUUCUUUUUUUCUAAAUCAAAUUAUCAAAGGAUAAAUUGCUACUGUAGCCUAAUAUAGAUAGAGUGGUGCUCACUCUUAAACCUCGCUGGAGGAGCUGGUGAGGUUGCUGCCAAUGCCUACAAUUGUCUGGGAAGUACUGUCUGUCUUUUCUGAUUUUUACGGCCUUGAAACAAAACGGCACUGGGUCAGGAACAUGGGGAGUAUGUUAAGAAUGUUUGCAAAAUCGAAAGAAAUAUCUGUUAAAUUACUUGUUAAAAGUAUUUGUCUUAUUUCUAAAAGUUUAAGGUUGUUGUUUCAAUUAAUUUGAGAAAAACUAAUGGUUUUGGGUUUUUUUGGUUUUGGGUUUUUAUUUUUUAAAGUUGUAAAAACAAAGACCCCCAAAUUCUUAAAUGCGGAGUUUGUCUGUUCUGGAUUACUGUUUCUUAAAUUAUGUUUUCUCUUCUUUCCCUUAUUUAUUUUUCACACAUAGAGCAAAUUUUCAAAUUCUUGUGCAAAUAAAAGUUUCCUUAUGUCAUUGGCAUAGAUAUUUUGAGUAUUCAGCUUAAGGUUUGGACUAUAUAAUGCAGCUAAGAAACCUGUAGUAACUUUUUUGAGAUGAUAAAAAGCAAGUCUGUUAUUACUAAGAGAACAAAAUAUCCUCUGCUUGAACUGAGUUUGUCCUAAAAUACUGAAAGUGAUAUCUCAGUCAUUACACAAUAAACUAUCCUAUCAAAAAUUAAGAGUUGUAGAUCAGAUUUUCUGAUGUUCAAGUAAUUUUCUUCUAAGUGUCCUUAUUAGCAACCUUCAGGCAAACAAACAAUUUCUGACAUUAGAAUGCCCUUAAAUGGCUAAUUUACCAAUGAAGAAAAGGUACAUAGCAUUUUAGCUGUCAGUUAUGAAUACUAUUAAUCAAAUCUAGCUCCAAAUUUGGAUUUUUAUCAUAACAUUUUACUAAAUUUGCAUGGCUUCCACUCAGGAAACAUUGCCAAAUUUUCUGUUGCCAGGAGCUCUGAGAAACACAGAAAUCAGACCCUAACUAUAUAUUGAAACAUAUACUUAAGAUUGUACUAUUCCAUGUAUACACUUCUCUUCAAAAGAUUUUCAGUCCCUUUGGCUCAGUAGUGUUUCCCAGGGUUUUAUACAACCUAUGUCAACCGAGAGCAUCCUGAUAAUUCUGCACACAACCCCCUUAAACCAAGCUGACAGCUAUUAGGGAUGUGGAUUUUUCCUUAAGAUUGGUCUUUUGGAUUUUCUGACAUUAUUGAAGUUUCAGACAUUAUCACCAGAGCAGCUCUUGCUCUGCCAAAAAAUGGUUCUAAUGCAGAGUUCCUUCAGAUAGCAAAUUUCAAAUAGCUACAAUUUCAAAUUCAGUGGCAUAAGGGAAUUCCUUUCCCGGGUCAGACCUUAUCUGCGAGGCACCUGGAAACAGAGAAACACAUUGCUUUUAUGGUGUGCUUCUGAAGCCAAUUUAGCUAAAAUGCUUGGCUGACAAACCUUACGAACAGCAACCAAAGCAGAAAUUUUAUUCUAAAAAGCUGACAGAUUAAUUUAUCCUCCAAUUAAGUGAACAUUAAAAUUGCACUGCUUGCUUUGCUGGUUUGUUUGCAUUUAUUAAAGGCAUUCUGCUGCCAGAUUUUGGGUAUAACCAAACGUUCCCUUGACUUCCCUGGAAUGCUAAUUGACUAGCAGCAUGAAUGGUGAAAGUAUGUGCUUAAUUUAACUAAUCUUCAACUCAGAAGUAAUCUCAAAAAGUUAUGAGAUCUUGUGUAUUUUGGAGCAUUUUAGGACAAACUAGCCAACUGUAUUUUCAUUGUUUUGUGAAUGGAAUAAAAGGACCAGUUCAGAUAAAUCCAACAUAAACAGUAGGGGAUUUUUACACAGGCUAAACCAGCAGCAAUGUAGCUGAAAAAGGAAAAUGGUUUAAGAAAGUAUUUGCCUAAUGUAGAUGGAGAGUUAUUUAUGAGUAAAUGCUCUAUUGUUCUGUAAAAGCUAGAGGGUUUUCAAUUUUAUGUCAGUAUUUUUUAUAACUAAGGAUCUAGUGUUGCCAUAAUGAGAACUACAAGUGCCCAAUAUGUUGUGUUUGCUAUAAAGAAAUGACUUUUGGUUGUGGGUGACAGCUAGUUAUGAAAUCAUGAUGUACAUUGAAAACUUACUGCAGGAAUUGUAAGCAGUGAUUGUUUUGGCCUGUUUGUAAAGAGUGUGUGAAAGGUAUUUGUGCUACGGAGUAGGAAGAUUUCUAACAGGUUGUGUUAUUCUGAUGAAUGUACAGCACUUCGGUUGAUGUUUGUGAGCAGCACAGCCUUAACCCUGACACUUUUGCUUUGGCUUUAUGACAUGGGAAUGUUCCCUAUGCUGCACAGUGUAUGGCAGUACCCCCUGUUAGAAAUCUCUACCAAUUGAUACGCUGCAGCUUUCCAGUUCUAGGAGUAAGUCUGUAAUUUUUCUUUAUUUUUUAAAAAGUUUUUGUACAUUCCAUCUUUCUAAGUCAAUCUCAUAUGUUUUGUGUAUAUGUAAGCCUUGCACUCUUUUGACACUCAUACUGAAAUAUUCUUCUCACUUGUUUUUCUUUUUGUUGUUGUUGUUUGUUUUUUGUUGUAAUUUUUGGUUCUUUUUCAGUCCCUGUGAGGCUAAAUACAAACUUUGUCUCCUUAAGGUCAAGGAUGAAAGAUGCACAUCAAAGUGUUUGUGUGUGUGCGUGCGUGUGUAGUUUUAGCUUCCUGUGUGCCACGGUAAUCUUGAUGCUUUAGCCGACGAUUAAAAGAAAAUUACUCUGUCUUGGAAAUGUAGGAAAACCAGAGUCAAAUGUGUACAUUUACCACGCACAAAAAUUCCAAAUAAUAAAAAUAAAGCUUGUUUCCUCUGUUA